UUCCUUAAUGUUUCCUUAAUCUUUGAACGGUCCUCGUUGCCCGACUCGUCGCAAUUAAUAUCGCAGCCGUCCAAUCGGUAACCACGCGUAUCGCGUAGAAGGAAAAACUCUGCUCGUUGCAUUUUAUGCUUCCGAAAUACCGUAUUCUCCGUUCCGUCUAUCUGUUCUGUAUAUCGUUUCUUCUUGUACUCUUCAUUCUCAUCUCCUCUUAUUCGCUUCGGUUAGUUCUACACUGGUCCUCCGACCUCAUACUAUCCCUUCUUCCUUUCUUCUCCCUCUCUUUUCUCUCGAUAUAUAUAUUCUCGUGUAUUCCGACAUCCGUCUGUCCCCCCACGUAAACCGUACCGACCAACAUCUCGACUCUCCAGGUUCACCCUUUCUCCAUCUUUUCGUUCGAAAAGAACGAAGAGCACGUUCCCCCUCUUCCGACGCUUCUCUUUCUCAGUCCGAUGCACUCGUCUGAACGAAGGAUUUGAGCAGGCAGUUCGCGCUUAUCCAAGGUAGAAGACAGUAGAAGCGACAGGUGGUACGGAAAGACGAACGAACUGAAGGGCGGCGCGCGCUCUCACGAUAUACGAAAAGAAGAAGGAGAUACACGUACAUGUAAGAGAAUAAAGGGAGACAGGACCAGCAAGGGAAAAGGAACAAACUGAUCUCGUAUAAGAUAUUGUGAAAAUAGUCGUUCAUUCAGUUCUAUAUCGGGGUGAACCGAAUCGACAACGUCAAUACCGUUUGGUUCGUAAAAGAUCAUCUCACCGGCACACCGUUUCUUCUAACUAUUCUUAACAUUAUUGCUUUCCGUUCGUGCAGAUACCUCUUAUCCGCGAUAACACGGCGAUCGGACAAAUUCGGAGGGAAAAGGAACAAAAAGAGUGGAAACGCGCGUAGAACGCCUUUCUUUCCGUCAUUGCAAACAAAUUCGACUCUUCCAGUUGUAUUUUCGGGCAUGCCUAAUACCUCUUGGCGCUUAUUUGAUCCGUAACACCCUCGUUGCUGUAUAUUUACGCAUUCGCGAUUUUAUUUUAUCCGUUACUUUAUUCGCUUCACGAAAAAUCCUAUCCAGAGAAAUUUCUUCAGACUCGGCAGUCGAACGUGCUUAGUGCAUUUGCUGAGCGAUUUACAGCGCGACGGAAAACCGGUCGUCACGUUAAGGCGAUCGUCCGUAAGAGGGUAGCAAGGAAUCGAAGGGUCGUUAACCGAAAAGAAGACGAACUAGACUCUUGUUCCUCUCUUUCUUUUUGUCUUUCUUUCUUUCUUUCUUUCCUUCCUUCCUUCCUUCCUUCCGUCCUUCCUUCCUUCCGUCCUUCCUUCCUUCCUUCCUUCCUUCCUUCCUUCCUUCCUUCCUUCCUUCCUUCCUUCCUUCUUCCUUCCUUUCUUCCUUCCUCGCGUAUUCUUUAUUACUCUUUGUUUGUAUUACCUUGCUAUUCUUCGAUACGUUAGAAUGUUAGUUACACGCAAUCAUACGUUUUCCAAUAUUCUGGCUUUUAGAUUAUCGACAGGAAGAGAAGUAAGUAUGUCUUUAGAAUGGUAUCACGCGACAUUGGCGGCACUCAUGAUAUGGAUCUGCUGCCUAGAUUCAAGCGUAGCUGGACCGUUCCCAGAGCAUGUUAUGGUUUUACCGUCUAGAAAAUUUCUUAAAUCUAGCGCGGUUACAACGACGUCAAUCAUUGCAAAACGGAAUGAUGUGGAGACCAACGACGAUCGUUCGACUGGAAGCAACCAUAAAUUACCGGUUUCGAACAGUGUUAACAUGUAUCGUUUGCCGCCUUCUCCAGCCAAUUUGUUAAAGCCCGAUGGAUUUCAAUUUUACACUUACAACGAACGGGGUGACAUGAUCACAAAGCAAAUGACCCCGGAGGAAAUCCAGGCUUUGAUCGCCAGCGGCGGGCCGGAUCACUCGAGUACCGGGGUUCAGGAACCUCAGAAAGUUGAAGAUAUUCUUACAGGUGGAAAAAAGGUAAUGGAUGUUGUGGAAAAAGUGCAAAACGUACUCAAGAGCGCUAUGAACAAACCGUCGACGUUAACGGGAACGAUUCCGAAUUCGGUGCCAGAAAAAGCAAACGUUGAAUGGACUAACAUUUUACCUGUUAUUUUAGCCGGCGAAAAACACGGAGACACACCCGACGACACUCGCUACGUCGAACGAUUUACAGUAACGUCGACCGAUCGUACGUCGACCGCCCGAAUCGAUUUCUCUUCUGACACAUUCGAAUUAAACGCAACGGCGCUCCCGUCGACGGAACUACUCGACAACGGCACUACAACGUUCGCUGACCGAAACGAGGAACCGACUCAUUCUAGAAAGAACGGCACGCAACUGCUUUCAACGAUUGCUUCCGACACUGGAACGAGCAGCCCUUACACGGAGAAAAUCAUGAUUCCUGUAGCCGUUAUAACGGCCGAGCAGAAACCACAGAAUGUGGACAGUACGACUCAGAGUCUGGUUUUUCAAAAGAUCACUGAAAUUAUGCCAUCGGGAGACGCCACCAAAGAAAACUACAACGGUAAUAAUAAUCGUUUGACUUUGAACGUGUACGUCGAUCGCGACGGGGCUACCGAAACGUUCAACGCCACGACUACUGUCGCUUAUUCGCCAACGGUACAGAUAGAAGCGACCACUGUGUCUACAAACGGUCCGCAGCUGGAAGAAAAGUUGAAUACUGCGACAGGUCAGGUCUCUCCAAUAACGUCGAGUAAAAUUGAUACGUUGGGCGGCAACGAAUCCUACACAACAACGCCAGUCGCUUUGGAUCCCUCCGAGGCCUCUGAAACCUCUGCUACAAGUUCGGAUCCAGCCGUCAUUGGUUCUUUCCUCGAACGGGAACAAUCGUCGGGAAUCGAAUCCGAUUACGCUGCAACAAAAUCGAAUCAUUCGGACACUGUAUCGUCUCCCACGUCUUUACCCAUCGAGCUAAUCAACUCGUUGUCCAGUAUGAUGGAUCAAGUUUCCGAAGUUUCCGCGUCUUCCAUUCUAUCUUUGUCUUCCGAUUUCGAGAGGGAAUCUCCUGACGCUGUAGUCGAGGAAAAGAAAGAGAAUUCUGCGUCACGAACAAGUGCAGCAACGACAACAUCGACAACAACGACGACUAAAUUUUCGACGAUCGUAGGUGACGCGUUCGACGAACAGAUAGAAGAAUCUGUCAGCGCAACAACUGCCAAGUUACAAGUCGACCAAGAUCGAGUUACUUGGACCAUCCCGCCAGUUACUUGGUCGAAACUCUUCGCUUCGACGCAUCGAACGCCAACCGAAGCAACAUUGAAUUUCACCCGCACUUCGACAACGUUUCCCGAUGAGAACGUUACGACGAAUUUUACUUCGUUUUCGAGAACCGGUACAACUUUGACACCGACUGCCACCGACUCGAUACUCGCGUUCGCUUCCUCGGGCGAAACACAUGCCGCUGUGCCUGUCUCCGUUACUCUUCGACCGAACAACGGAACAACAACGGCGAAACCAUUGGUGGACUCGGCCAACGCGAAUUCGACGAGUUUCGGUACGUUGUUGAAAGAAUCGGACCCCGAGCAACACUCGAAUAUCGAGUCGUUGGCGCUUAUCGAAACUAUACUUGGAACGGUUUCAACCGAAGCGAACAUUCCUUCUACACGGCCACUGACUCUACCGAAUAUUCCGGCAGAGAAUCUUCCACCGAAAACAUUGGCCAGUGGACUGAUUGCAGGUUUCGGAUCGAUCGAUUCGAAUGGAACGGAGAAUAGGGAAACCACUUCUGACGCGGCCAACCUCGCACCGACAAACGUUACACCGACCAUCGAUUCGAAAGUUGCAUCGAAACUAGAGACGCAAACUGUGCCGUCCGUCACAGAAACGUCCAGCAAUACUACCGCCUGGUAUACCGAGGAGGGCGAUGCAACAAAUGAAAAUGAAACUCGGAGUAGCUUGGCUGCAAAUCAGAAUUCUUACGGUGAACUUACUCGACCGCCGAAUCUAGUCGGAGAAAGAGAGACGACGGACCGAACGAUAUCCUCCACUCGCGCGAACGUCGAAUACAUCAAAGCGGAAAAGGAAAACGAGACACCAUCGACCGAUUCGCCUGUAUUCGAUGUCGUUACGACGGCGAAUUUAGCCGCGAACAACAGCGAGAUAUCUUUCUCGGAAGAUGUUAAUUCUACAACAAUGGUAAUCGACAAGUUGUCCAGUGCUUCAUCGGACGGAAACAAUCCGAUGCAGGAGAUGGCAUGGCACGCCGACGGGACCACGGAAACAUCGAUAACAUCGAAAUUCGAAGGAACCCCUGUGGAAGCAUUUAAAAAAGACGACGUCACAAACUGGGACGGUCUCGGUCGAAACUCAUCGACGGAAUAUACUACACUCGCGAGUACACAUGGGAUGGCGAUAAUGUCGACAUUAUCGAGUAUGGGCACAGACGUCGGUGCUUCCUCUCUCGCGUCUACUGCUGUUGUUGGGACUUUAACGGCUACUACUAGCACUCCUAUCACUACUGCUGCUGCUGCUGCUGCUGUUACUGCUACUGCUAGUACAAUCAACGGAUCAAUGUCAUCGACGAACAAAGAGACAAAAGAUUUUUCGAAUACGGUACUCGAUACGAAUUCGAUCGCGACAGAAUCGAAUAAAGUCGUGGCAAGCGUAAAUGUGACUGAAACGACGAUAACAACAAACGAAUAUGAUCAAAGUGGUGCAAUAAUCGGAAUUGAAUCAAAAUCAAAAUCAAAUGUUACGCACAAUUUGUCAAUGAAUCGGACAAACGAACUUACAUUGAAAAAUUCAAAUUCGGAUAAGAGAAAUACAACCGACGAUGGAAAUUCCGAUGGUAAAUGGCAGCGGAUAACUUUGCACGAAAGCGUUACAACGUCGUCGACGAAAGCUGUCCCAGUGACUAAGGAGACGUCGAAGGUAUCCGAGUCCGCUGCGACUUCAACGACCACGUCGAUUCCAACGACGACAUCAUCGAUACGCCACGGAAAUUCAACGAAAGAGGAAACACCGUAUCAAACGACUCCAGUGAACGAAUCUGGAACCAUGGUCACGUUGAAUCCUUCGAAGAAUACGGGCGGAUUGGAUAGCAGUACGAAAAACGCGAGCAACGAUAUCGUCAACUUUUCGAGACUUUGCAACCAACUUGCAUUUCAAUUUUGGACCGCAGCGAACAAAGGAUUAAGUACCGGUCGCUCGCUCGCUCUGUCUCCGUUCGGAAUGAUCAGCUUACUGGCAAUGCUGUUCCUUGGCGCGCGAGGAUCGACGUCCGAUCAGAUGAACGGAGUCCUCGGUCUCGAUAAUGUGGCUACCUUUAAUCCACAUUUGAUCUUUCAAAAUGUCACGGACGCGGUGAGUUUGGCAAGACACCAGGGUAUCGCAAACGCGGCGUUCGUUCGCGAAUUAUUCGCGGAUAAAGUGAAGGUUCGGAAAUUGUUGCCGUUCUACAAGGAACAAGCGCAACAAUUUUACGAAGGAUUAGUAGCCGAAGUGAAUUUCGCCACCAUCAGCGACCUUGCGCGUCGUCGAACGAACCUGUUGAUCAGAAAACAAACCGGCGGCAGAAUAAGAGAUUUCGUAAAGAGUAACGCAGUUCCGUUAAGAUCUCCGCUCGCGGCGAUCUCCGCGAAUGUCUUUCAGACGGACUGCAACACCAGUUCGGCCAGUGCAACAGGACGGGACGGGGAACUGUAUUUCGCUACAUCGUCGGCCCACAGGUUGAGAAAGUUAAUUCCGGUACCCGCGACAGUUUGGCGAUCCAACGUACUCGCCGGUUACGAGCCGAGUUUGGAUGCCACCGCGAUCGGUCUCGGCGGAGUCGGCAAAUUGGUCUCAACGAUAUUUUUGUUGCCCGGUCAACAAGGUCACACUGCGCCGGGCGACACGCUGGACCGCCUGGAACAGAGACUCGUCAAGGGGGCUUUUCGAGACGACAGUUGGCAGAAACUUCUCAAAGUUCUCAUACCCAGACGGGGUCUGGAGUUGCAAGUACCCAAGUUCAGUCAUCGAUCGGUCGUAAACGCUACCGCUGCUUUGAAAAGAAUGGGUUUGGACCAGUUGUUUACCAACGAUGCCGACUUUAAAGGGAUCAAUGGAAUCGGCAAUCGUUUAUUUUUAUCCGACGUCUUACAGAUGAACUUGUUCAGCACGUGUGGCGAUGAAAACACUGCCAAUGGACGACAUCACGUGGAAAUUUAUCCGGCGAGUCCUUUAUCUCGGAAUUCCCCGAUUUACGAUGACGCGCAUCGGACGACGGAUGUCCAGGAACACCUAGUCUCCGAUUUUCGAGCGAGAAAUUCGGAAACGCAACCGGAAGAUAGACCUAGAUUGAAAUUGGAUCAACCGUUUCUUUAUUUCGUUCGACACAAUCCAACCGGCCUUAUUCUUCACAUGGGUCGUUUCAAUCCUAGGUUAAUUUAAGUACUCGGCAAUAUAAGAUUAUACAUUACUUAUACAUUCUCACUGUACACGUCGAGUUUCGAAUCGCAGCAGAAUAGAACGAUGCGUGUACGUGAUUACGUAUAAAGACAGUGACGCUUCUGCGAUAUUAUUUGAAGUUUAAUAUCAGCAGAAUCGAGAAAAAGGAUGGGAAGUUGUUGUAACGAAAGCGAAUUCGUUUUCACUGAAAAUUACGCGUUUCUCGAGAGUUUCGAACGAUUCUCGCGUGACAUUCGAAUAGAAAAUAUCUUUCAUAUCUGCGCCGAUCUAAUCAGAAGUAUAGUGUAAAUAAAAUGUUUGUUCAGUUCUUUGUUGGAAAUGGAGGCGAAUUUAUCUAUGGAUAAAGACUGUAAAUUAACAAUGUUUUCUAUUACUUUUGAAUAAUUAAGGACGUUAAUAUCGACAGAUGGGUUUUUAUCGAAACUAAUAAUCAACACUUAUAUGGGAUAGCGCUCUGGAUUUUCCAGAUAUGAAAAUUAGUUGUUCGACAAAUGAUAAUGUUCAUUUUUGGUAUUCCGAUCGCAUUGUUCUUUAAAAUUGCGAAUUCUCUUUUAUAUUCCGAUGGAUGUUUGUAAGA